UUCCCAGCUUUCUUUUGUUUGUGUCAGCAAAGGAAAUCUCAUCUUGCUUCUGCUAUUAGGUAAGCUUUAAACUCAGCUUUUAGAUGAGGAGAACCAGAGUAUCAAGAAAGGAUUUGAGUUACCCAAAACAUCUGUGACAGUACUGGGGACUAAUGAGUCCCACUCCUGUGUUUUAACCCCCUUGCCAGUCUUCCCCAAACGUUUUUUAUUUUCAAAUUUGGAUUUAAAUGUAGAGAAUUGAAACUGUUGGUGCUUUCCCAAUUCCCUCGAUCAAGAGCUUUGCCUGUGGAGAAUGACCAUGUGGAACUAUCCCACCCCUCCAGGAGCUGUAGUCAGAAUUACUGAAAGUACAGACAUGAUGUGAUCUCCCAUCUAAGGUCAUUUCUCUCUCUCUCCCAGCCUGUGGGCAUAGUAAUUCUGUGAUAUGGUUUUGGUUUCCUUCAUGGAAGCCAAGCCUUUCUUGAGAGAACUGAGUUCUCUGUCAGCUCUUCUCAUUUUUCAGUCUGACUCAAAAUGUACUUUAGUUUUGAAGCUACUACAGGCCAGAAAAAGUCAUUUUAUACACAUUUAUUUUGUUACAUUAGUUAUUUUAUCACUUUAUGUAAGGCAGUAGUAUUAGUUGAGAUAACAAAAACAGUUAUAAGAACUUUGUUAUCCACAUAAAAUUUAUAUACAUGACAUCUGCAAAAGAAAUCUAAUUGAAAAUUAAGCCAUGUUAUCUGUAUUAUUAACAUGAUAACCUUUUUUUUUUUUUCCCUGAUGGUAAUUCUUGUUUUAAGCCAUUGCUACAUUUCAACAAGUGGACAACAAGAACUUCACACCACCUUCCUUGCUGAGGACAGGGGACAAACAUACCAGUGUAAAUUGCUGAAUCAAUACAGCUCUGCAGGUCAUGUUCUCAAGAGCAUCUGGAAUGUAUUUAACACAGAGCAGAGUGGCUGAAGUGCCAAAAUUAAAUGGAUUGACAAAGACUUAACACUAAGAAGAAGAGAACUGUAUGUGCCAGCAAAUAAAUAUCAGUACCAGAGUGACAGAGUAGAGGGACACAAUUUGGCCAGUCUGUGGCAUACUUGGCAUAACUGAGAUUUUAUUCCUUUUAACGAGUGUAAUUUCAGUGCUGUGUCACUGCAGGCAGUUCAAACCCUGAUGGCUCCCUCACCUCAUGAAGUGUCUCAGUGAGGUCACGUUGCACCAGUGCUGCCCUCCCUCCUGCCUGUCCUUUCUGGGCCAGGGAGAGAUUUCCAGAGAAGUUCAGUCCGUUGGCUUCCCUUGCAAUGCCCAAAAUCCCUGGGCUCUUGUGUGUUGUCACCACAGUGUCACUUUGCAGGAUGCCCAGGGACAGAGCUCCCCCGUAAUGCACAACGAGAUCAAGAAAGUAAUUCUUGGGUUUCUUCCUUUCUUCAUUUUUUUUUUUAUUUUCCUUCUUUUAACCGUGAGAUUCUCUGUGGUUUUUAUUGCAGGAAAUGCCUUCAUUUCUCUUCUCUUGUUUAAUUUAUCCCCCCAAAGUGCACGGCAUUUUUCCCAACAAGCACUGCCUUUGGUGCUCCUGGUGCUCCUGAAGCCCCUGGAGCUUCAGGGUCUGGUCUUGUUCCCCCUGGCUAAGGAGCAAGAAUUUGGUGAUGUUUUUUCUCAGCAUACUGCAAUGCUCCAAAUAGCAACACUGACAGACACUGAAAUACAGAUUUUAGACAAGGUGUUUUAAUACAUGUCCUUCCAAACUUCAUGGCCUCUUUUAUCUGUUGGACAAGGGUUUAGAGAUGACACUUUUCUCUGUGUGUUUUUCCUCUGAUACAGCUGGACCCAUAUUAACUGAACAUACAUGUUUAAACCCAGGAGAAACCAUGCUAAAAGUACAACAUGAGACUAAAAUCAGCCACUUCAAAAUUAGAAAAUGGCAUGAGUACUUUUGCUUGAGCACAUGUGUUCCAGUGCUGCUUCUAGAGCAUUCCAUGGCUGCUCCCUUUGCUGGGCUCUCCCCGUUCAGUGAACAGGCAGUGCUGAAGGGAUGCUUUGGGCACGUGGUGGAGACUUUUCCUCGUGGCUUGGUUGGGUCUCUGCAUCCUCUUGCUCCAGGAAUCAAGUGACAUUUGAACAACUGCUGACUUACAGGACCUUCUGUGAUCCCUCUCAGCUCCAAGCAGCUCACACUGACCAGAUACCCUAUGCAGAAAACACCUAAGCUUGGCAUGAACUAAAUAAGUUAAAAUACAAACUGCCAAGGAACCUUAUCUUGGGGCAUUGCUACCUUUUAACACCCAAAGCAAAAAGGGAUUCAGACAUUAACAGAUGCGUGCAAUCAAAUUAACAUUAUAAAUAAUAAUAUCAUGCUCAUUAGGGGCUUCCCCUUUUCUCUGAUAGAUGUUGUCCCCUGAUGGAAGACCAGAGAAAUAGGGGUUGUUUGUUUGCUUCUGUUUGUUCUGCACUUUUGUUGUUUUCACAUGAACACAGAGGACUAUUUUCUAGGAAACGCAGCCGACGUGUGGAGAGCAGCAGCGUGGGCUUGUUAUAAACUGGAGGUGCUUCUUCCAGUUACUAACAGAGCUUCCUUUGGAAAGCCCCUUUUGUUGUAUUUCAAAUCAAAACACGCAAAGUCUGACAUGAAUGCAUUCAGCUGGAAGUGCAGGCUGGGAUGUUCCCGUGAAACAGCCUCUCCAUUGCUGUUCUUUUAUUGCAGGCCUGAGACAGCACUGUGUGAGGUACCAGCCUUUCUGAAAAAACAGCAGCAACAAUAAGCCCUUUCCACUUCCCAUCCUUUUAAGUGUCUGGUUCAAUCAAGAAUGAGCUUGAGAAUAAGAAGUUCAAGGAAAAAUGGCAGCUGGAAGCCUGGUUUCACUUUGGACGUGGCAGAUAAGAAGGCUUCAUGACACAUUCAAUCAACUGAAAUCUUUCCAGGUACCAGAGCACAAACCACCCAGAGUGACAAAUGAAAAUGAGCAAAAUGCUGGAAUGGCCCUGGGCUGAAUGAACAGACACGGAGCAAGGCUGGGCUGGAGCCUGGAAGGAUCUCGGCUUCCAGAAGGAGCAACCUGGCUGUGCCACCUGCAAUGCUGGGAGCCAGGGAUAUCUAACACCACCUCAGAUGGCUGCCUGCAGCCUGGCACUGGCACUGCAGCUCCUGCUGCUUCUCCAGGACAUCCAGACAUCCCUGCAGACAUCAUUAACCCCAUCUCAUUCCUGUGACACACGUGGGAAUUGGUUCUAUGAUGAAACUUCACAAAGCUGCUGUUACCAGUGUCCCUCAGGCUCUGUUAAAAAGAAAGCUUGUCCUGAGAACCCAGCUGCAGACUGCAUGAGGUGUGGGCCUGGGCAAUUUGUGAACACACAAGUCUCGAAGCUACGAUGUGAUGCCUGUGUCUUAUGCAAAAGAGAACUCGACCUUGUGGAGAAGGAGCCCUGCUCCUUCAACUCCAGCAGUGUCUGCGAGUGCAGGCCGGGCCUGUUCUGCCAAACAUCCGCCCCACACACCUGUGCCCGGUGCCAGCCCCACACCACCUGCCAGCCUGGCUUUGGGGUCCGAGUCAGAGGCACCUCAACACGGGAUGUCGCCUGUGAAGAGUGCCCUGCUGGGACCUUCUCUGACCAAAGCUCCAGCACUGACAGCUGCAAGCCCCACACGGACUGUGCCAAGUUAAACAAAGUGGCACUAAGCCAAGGAAAUGCCACACAUGAUCAGGUUUGCCUGGAUCAAUCGCCCACCUAUCUCACCCAAAGCCCUUUGUCCACGAGAUUCAGCAAUGAAACAAAUCACUCUGACCCAAGGAGCCUUGAGGAGAGCCUGGUGACCAUUGCUGGUGGUGACCACCUAAGUGCCACGACAACUGAAAACCCCAGCUCAAUUCCUGAGGAGAAAGAUCCGACUGACACUUUUCCCACCUCAGCCAAGGGGGAGAUGACAAUGGGAGGUGUAGUGCUUUGGGCAGUGGUUCUCUGUGUGAUAGUGCUCCUCGGGGCCAUGCUGUUUUUUUGGAAAUGGAAGGUUUGCAAGAAGCGGAUCCUCGUCCUCAAAGGAAAGCCACAUCUGCAUUCUGUCAUCGCACACAAAUACGGCCUCAAAUCGCCAGGUUCCGACCUAGGGGACAAAUGUGCAAAGCUCCCCCUGACCAUUGAGAGUGGGCCAGAAGAGAAGGAGUUAAUUGGAAGAACCCUCCCUUUGGAAACCAACAAUAACUUGGUCUCCAGCACAGAAAAAGCACAGAGUCCCCAUCGGGGUGUGGCUGAGGUGACACCCAGCAGUGGGAAUGGCCCAGAUUGUCCUGUGGAUUCUCGAGUCAGAGACCACACGAACAACAGGAUUGAAAAGCUCUACAUCAUGAAGGCCGACACUGUUAUCGUGGGGUCCGUUGCAGAAGUGCCCGGUGGCAAAAACUGCGCUGCCAGAGGAUGUGAAAGCAACGUUGACACCCAGGAAAUCAUGGAAGAGGAACUGGGAAUGCACUACCCAGAGCAGGAAACAGAGUCCUUCCCAGGGAAUGAUGUAAUGGUUCCUGUGGAAGAGGAGGGAAAGGAAUUCCACCACCCCACCACUGCCACAGAAAAGUGACAACCCACGGAGGUGAUGAGCUACAGGAACAUCCAGUGUUACACUAAGUCUGACUCUGUGACAAGUGCCUUGGGUUAUUGGGAGACUCCUGGAAAACACUGAAACACACUCAAACAAGGAGAGCUAGAACCUCCUUCAUCUACCAAAUGACAGGAGUAUCCAAACCGUUGGCCUUCAUAGCUGACGUCAAAUAGUCCUCUUUCCCUCUCUCUCCCAAUAUUAUGCUGGAAACAAAUUUGAAUCAAAGCUGCACAAUUCAGAGGACAUCUGGAUGUCAGCUGAAGUUUCACAGCUUGCUUUCUCUGCAUGAAGGAAUGGAUUGAAACCUAUGUCUGGCUACUUCUAUUAGCUAUGAAAAUUCUGGCCAGGGUUCCGAGUCAAGCUUGAGAUUCAGCCAUGAACGUCGUUGAAUAGGUUGUUUUACUUCCAGUACUUCCAAAUUUGUCACAUAUUUUUCAACAUCUGGCAUUUUCUUAAGGCCUCAACUCUUGACUGAAAGUGAUGACAACUUCAGUUUUCCCUAGCACAAACAACUCUCAGGAUUGUGGACUUCAUGUUUUUUGAGGAAAUAGGAUCAAAAGGUGCCACACAGGCUCAGAAAACGGAAGGCAAAUAAAACUAAUUGAAGUCCACUGUACUUCAGGCCAUUCUUUCUAGGUUUUGAAGCCUGAUUCAUGUUUUUGACUACUUCAAAUCAUCACUAAGUGUAUGAAAUGGCCUUUUCUGAUGGAAACUCGCUGAAUAUUUGGUUAUUGGAUGAACUACGGGUUUAACCCAGUGUGGAGCCUGUAAAAAGGGAAAUGAAGAAAAACUGUUUUUCUACAGAAAGAAAAGACUGAAAAAGAGGCACAGCAAUUAUUUCCUAUAAAAUUGUUAAUAUCUACUUGGUUUAGAAUUGUUCAGCAUCAUCAGGGUGACACUGAUUUGCAUAUGCUUUAAAAACAAAGCUGUUUUGUGGUCGACUGGCUCGUGUUAUGCUAUUUUUCAGUCUUUUGUGCUGCUUGUUCAGUAACUGUAAAUGUAAUAGUGCUGACUAUACUUUUGCAGAGGACAAUGGAAAAUGAGCAAGAUGAUAAAGUGUGUCUUAAUAGUCAAAAAAAGGAACCACAAAACCCAUUGCUUGCUUUGCAGUUUUGCCCUGGAUGAAGUACUGUAAAAACAGCUGUGCAGCUGCAGUGACUUCUCUUAGAACACACAAAAGGAACAUAAGAGCAUAAAAACACCUUCUUGGGCCAGUCCAGGUGUAUGAGCCCAACAUUUUAUCUCUGGCAGUUAGGGAUGUCAGUUAGGAAGAGCACAUCAGCCUGGCUAAUAUCUGCUGGCUAAUAUUCCUCACAGUUCUGCAGCAGCAGCUGGAAUUGGAUCAGGAUGUCCAAGAGUUUGUCUGAGCCUUUACUAUUCACUCAUAUUGCCAUAGUUUUUCUUUCCUCUUUUGAAUUUCCUGGUACAAUCUUUCCUCCAUAAGCACCCGUGGCAACAAGUUACAGAUACCUUGCCCCGUGUAAAGAAGGACUUUUAACACUUUUAAACUGGCCUUUUUAUUUCAGUGAGUGCCACUAGUUCUUGUCUUACAGAAGUCAGUGGUUUGUUUUUGUUGGUUUGGGGUUUUGUUUGUUUGUUUGUGUGUUUGUUUGUUUUGCAACAGAGUUGCUUUUGUGAUUCUUGAUUUUGUGAUUGUAUCCUCCUCAGCCUCCAAGCCGAAUUCUCAUCUCCUCCUAUUUCUCAUGUAACUUAGAUGCUCCACUGCCUUGGUCACUUCAGUUGACCUCUUCCACAUCUACUUUAACUUCACUACAUACUUCAUUUUAGAAAACACCAAUUUGUGAACCGACAAACUGAAGAACCACUUUCACCUGGCUGUGGUUGUUCAGGGCUGUUCUGCAAUUACAGCUAAUUGUACCUCUCAGCUCCAUAUAUAAAUUAAUGUUUUUUACUGGAACAGCUUUCUAGGUGAACUGUAUGCAUUGCAACCUGCUGGAUGUGUUAUAACUGGUUUGUUUAAUAAUGCUGUUAAUCUCUGAAUUAAAAGUUACAUGCAUUUUAAGCCAUG